CAACGAGGACACUGCGGGGUCUGCGGCGGCCCAAGCGGUUUUAAACGGCUUAGAGCAGGCCCCUCGGUUCUGACCCGGCAGAGGAACUACUUUUAACUCCAAGAGAAAACUAGAAGCACAAUGGGAGAUGACAGUGAGUGGUUGAAAUUACCAGUUGAUCAGAAAUGUGAACACAAGCUAUGGAAAGCAAGAUUAAGUGGGUAUGAAGAAGCCCUGAAAAUCUUCCAGAAAAUAAAAGAUGAAAAGAGUCCAGAAUGGUCCAAAUACUUAGGAUUAAUCAAAAAAUUUGUCACUGAUUCCAAUGCAGUGGUUCAAUUGAAAGGACUAGAAGCUGCACUUGUCUAUGUUGAAAAUGCUCAUGUUGCAGGAAAAACAACAGGAGAAGUUGUAUCAGGUGUUGUAAGUAAAGUCUUCAACCAACCUAAAGCCAAAGCCAAGGAACUGGGCAUAGAGAUUUGCCUCAUGUAUGUUGAGAUUGAAAAAGGAGAGUCUGUACAAGAAGAGCUUCUAAAGGGCCUGGAUAACAAGAACCCCAAGAUCAUAGUGGCCUGUAUAGAGACACUGCGGAAAGCCUUAAGUGAAUUUGGUUCCAAAAUCAUCUCACUUAAGCCAAUUAUUAAAGUGUUGCCAAAACUAUUUGAAUCUCGAGACAAGGCUGUUCGGGAUGAAGCCAAAUUAUUUGCUAUAGAGAUUUAUCGAUGGAAUCGAGAUGCUGUGAAGCACACAUUACAGAAUAUAAAUUCUGUCCAGUUGAAAGAAUUAGAAGAAGAGUGGGUCAAGCUGCCAACAGGUGCUCCUAAGCCAAGUCGUUUUCUGCGGUCCCAACAAGAACUAGAAGCUAAACUAGAGCAGCAACAGUCUGCUGGUGGAGAUGCAGAAGGGGGUGGUGAUGAUGGUGAUGAGGUACCACAGGUAGAUGCUUAUGAGCUUCUGGAGGCAGCAGAGAUCCUUUCCAAACUUCCCAAAGACUUUUAUGACAAAAUUGAGGCAAAGAAAUGGCAAGAGAGAAAAGAAGCUCUGGAGGCUGUAGAAGUACUAGUGAAAAACCCCAAGCUGGAAGCGGGCGAUUACGCAGAUUUAGUAAAAGCAUUAAAAAAGGUUGUUGGAAAGGACACCAAUGUCAUGUUGGUAGCUUUGGCAGCAAAAUGUCUCACUGGCUUAGCUGUUGGGCUAAGAAAGAAAUUUGGACAAUAUGCAGGACAUGUUGUGCCAACAAUUUUGGAAAAAUUCAAAGAAAAGAAGCCUCAAGUGGUACAAGCCCUGCAGGAGGCAAUUGAUGCAAUCUUCCUUACUACCACACUACAGAACAUCAGUGAGGAUGUCUUAGCAGUAAUGGAUAAUAAAAACCCCACCAUAAAGCAGCAGACAUCACUUUUUAUUGCAAGAAGCUUUCGUCACUGCACUUCCUCUACAUUGCCGAAGAGUCUACUAAAGCCCUUUUGUGCUGCUCUACUUAAGCACAUCAAUGACUCUGCUCCUGAAGUCAGAGAUGCUGCAUUUGAAGCACUGGGUACAGCUUUGAAGGUGGUUGGUGAGAAAACAGUAAACCCAUUUUUAGCCGAUGUUGACAAACUCAAACUUGAUAGGAUCAAAGAAUGUUCAGAAAAAGUAGAACUGGUUCAUGGUAAAAAAUCUGGACUUGCAACUGAAAAGAAGGAAUCCAAACCUCUACCUGGAAGGGCUGCAGCAUCAGGGGCUGCCGGGGACAAAGACACAAAAGAUGUUUCAGGACCCAAACCAGGACCAGUGAAAAAAGCACCUACUACCAAGGCUGGUGGACCACCUAAGAAAGGCAAAACAACUGCACCAGGUGGUUCAGCAAGUGCCGGGACAAAGAAUAAGAAAGGAUUGGAGACCAAAGAAGUAGUGGAGCCAGAACUCUCAAUUGAAGUAUGUGAAGAAAAGGCUUCAGCUGUUCUUCCCCCAACCUGUAUUCAACUUCUAGACAGUAGCAACUGGAAGGAAAGACUGGCCUGUAUGGAAGAAUUCCAAAAGGCUGUUGAACUAAUGGAGCGAACUGAGAUGCCAUGCCAGGCAUUGGUGAAGAUGCUAGCGAAAAAACCUGGAUGGAAAGAAACUAAUUUUCAGGUGAUGCAGAUGAAGCUUCACAUUGUUGCUUUGAUUGCCCAGAAGGGAAAUUUUUCUAAAACGUCUGCUCAGAUUGUAUUAGAUGGCCUUGUAGACAAGAUUGGAGAUGUGAAAUGUGGGAACAAUGCAAAAGAAGCCAUGACAGCCAUAGCUGAAGCAUGCAUGCUGCCCUGGACAGCUGAACAGGUGAUGUCAAUGGCCUUCUCACAAAAGAAUCCUAAGAAUCAGUCAGAAACUCUAAAUUGGCUAUCAAAUGCAAUAAAAGAAUUUGGAUUUUCUGAGUUGAAUGUCAAAGCUUUCAUUAGCAAUGUCAAGACUGCUCUUGCUGCAACGAAUCCUGCUGUGAGGACUUCUGCCAUCACCUUGCUUGGUGUGAUGUAUCUAUAUGUUGGUCCUUCUUUGAGAAUGAUCUUUGAGGAUGAGAAGCCUGCCCUCCUAUCCCAGAUAGAUGCAGAAUUUCAAAAGAUGCAGGGACAAAGCCCUCCUGCUCCAACCAGGGGAAUUUCUAAGCACAGCGCAAGUGGUAUGGAUGAAGGAGAAGAUGGAGAUGAACCGGGUGAAGGGGUCAAUGAUGUUGUUGAUCUUUUGCCAAGGAUUGAGAUCAGUGACAAAAUUACUUCAGAGUUGGUGUCUAAGAUUGGUGACAAGAAUUGGAAGAUCAGGAAAGAAGGCCUAGAUGAAGUGGCAGGUAUUAUCAAUGAAGCAAAAUUUAUCCAACCAAAUAUAGGUGAACUUCCAACUGCGUUGAAGGGUCGACUGAAUGAUUCAAACAAAAUCUUGGUGCAGCAGACAUUGACUAUCCUGCAGCAACUGGCAGUAGCCAUGGGUCCAAACAUCAAGCAGCACGUAAAGAACCUAGGCAUCCCUAUCAUUACUGUUCUUGGAGAUAGCAAGAACAAUGUUCGAGCUGCUGCCCUGGCAACUGUGAAUGCUUGGGCAGAACAAACUGGCAUGAAAGAAUGGCUGGAGGGAGAAGAUCUUUCUGAAGAACUUAAAAAGGAAAACCCCUUCCUGAGGCAAGAGCUUCUGGGAUGGCUGGCAGAGAAACUACCUACACUCCGUUCUACUCCCACAGAUCUUACCCUUUGUGUUCCUCAUCUGUAUUCCUGUCUAGAAGAUCGAAAUGGAGAUGUACGGAAGAAGGCCCAAGAUGCUUUGCCAUUCUUUAUGAUGCAUUUAGGAUAUGAAAAAAUGGCUAAGGCUACUGGGAAACUAAAGCCAACUUCUAAAGAUCAAGUACUGGCCAUGCUAGAAAAGGCCAAAGCUAACAUGCCGUCCAAGCCUGCUGCACCUGCUAAGGCAAUGUCCAAACCAAUGGGAGGGUCGGCUCCAGCCAAAACCCAGCCUAUACCAGGUAACAGCUUUGACAGUGACCUGAAGGAACUCACAAGUGUACAAGGGAAGAAAGUGCCAAGCAAAACCACCUUAAAGGAAGAUGACGACAAAUCUGGGCCUAUUUUUAUUGUUGUUCCAAAUGGAAAGGAGCAAAGGAUGAGAGAUGAGAAAGGGUUAAAGGUACUAAAGUGGAAUUUUACUACCCCACGUGAUGAGUACAUUGAACAGCUGAAGACUCAGAUGUCUACCUGUGUGGCUAAAUGGUUACAAGAUGAGAUGUUUCACUCAGAUUUUCAACAUCACAAUAAAGCCCUGGCUGUCAUGGUUGAUCACUUGGAAAGUGAAAAAGACGGCGUCAUCAGUUGCUUAGAUCUUAUCUUAAAAUGGCUUACCCUCCGGUUUUUUGACACCAAUACAAGCGUCCUAAUGAAAGCACUAGAAUAUUUAAAAUUGCUUUUCACCCUGCUGAGUGAGGAAGAGUAUCAUCUUACUGAGAAUGAAGCAUCCUCCUUUAUCCCCUAUCUCAUCCUCAAGGUUGGAGAACCAAAGGAUGUCAUUCGUAAAGAUGUCCGUUCUAUCCUGAACCGGAUGUGCCUUGUCUACCCAGCCAGCAAAAUGUUCCCCUUCGUCAUGGAAGGAACCAAGUCCAAAAACUCUAAGCAGAGAGCAGAGUGCCUGGAAGAACUAGGUUGCUUAAUUGAGUCCUAUGGUAUGAAUGUUUGUCAGCCAACCCCAGGAAAAGCCUUAAAGGAGAUAGCUAUUCACAUAGGAGACCGAGACAAUGCUGUACGGAAUGCUGCCCUCAACACCAUUGUAACAGUGUACAAUGUGCAUGGAGAUCAGGUGUUCAAACUGAUUGGAAAUCUGUCUGAGAAGGACAUGAGCAUGCUUGAGGAGAGGAUAAAGCGGUCAGCAAAGAGACCCUCUGCCGCACCUGUGAAACAGGCUGAAGAGAGGCCUCAGCGCACACAGAACGUCAACUCUAAUGCCAACAUGCUACGCAAGGGGCCAGCUGAGGACAUGUCCUCCAAACUCAAUCAAGCUCGAAGUCUGAGUGGGCAUCCUGAAGCAGCCCAGAUGGUUCGCCGAGAAUUCCAGCUGGAUUUAGAUGAGAUUGAAAAUGAUAAUGGUACAGUCCGCUGUGAAAUGCCAGAGCUUGUCCAGCACAAACUUGAUGACAUUUUUGAACCUGUCCUUAUUCCUGAACCUAAGAUCCGGGCUGUUUCUCCACAUUUUGAUGACAUGCACAGUAAUACAGCAUCCACAAUCAAUUUCAUUAUCUCCCAAGUAGCCAGUGGUGACAUCAACACAAGUAUCCAAGCUCUGACACAGAUUGAUGAGGUCCUGAGGCAGGAAGACAAAGCUGAAGCUAUGUCUGGCCACAUUGAUCAGUUUCUGAUAGCAACAUUCAUGCAGCUAAGACUCAUCUACAGCACACACAUGGCAGAUGAGAAGUUGGACAAGGAUGAAAUCAUCAAGUUGUAUAGCUGUAUCAUUGGCAACAUGAUUUCGCUCUUUCAGAUAGAGAGCUUGGCCCGGGAGGCCUCCACUGGAGUACUGAAAGACCUGAUGCACGGCCUGAUCACCUUAAUGCUGGAUUCUCGGAUUGAAGAUCUGGAGGAAGGACAGCAGGUGAUUCGUUCUGUCAACCUCUUGGUGGUGAAGGUUUUGGAGAAAUCAGACCAGACCAAUAUCCUCAGUGCCCUGCUUGUUUUACUUCAGGACAGCCUGCUAGCAACAGCUAGUUCUCCCAAAUUCUCAGAGCUUGUUAUGAAGUGUCUGUGGAGAAUGGUUCGACUAUUACCUGACACCAUCAACAGCAUUAACCUAGACAGAAUUCUUCUGGACAUCCACAUUUUCAUGAAGGUCUUUCCCAAAGAGAAAUUGAAGCAAUGCAAAAGUGAAUUUCCUAUAAGGACUCUAAAGACCCUUCUGCAUACUUUAUGCAAAUUAAAAGGACCUAAAAUCCUAGACCACCUUACAAUGAUUGAUAAUAAGAAUGAGUCAGAACUGGAGGCCCACCUGUGUCGGAUGAUGAAGCAUAGUAUGGACCAGACUGGGAGCAAGUCUGAUAAGGAAACAGAAAAGGGAGCUUCUCGAAUAGAUGAAAAAUCAUCAAAGGCCAAAGUAAAUGAUUUCUUAGCUGAGAUUUUUAAGAAGAUUGGCUCUAAAGAGAACACUAAGGAGGGCCUAGCAGAGUUAUAUGAAUAUAAGAAGAAAUAUUCAGAUACUGACAUUGAACCCUUUCUGAAAAAUUCCUCGCAGUUCUUUCAGAGUUAUGUUGAGAGAGGCCUUCGGGUGAUUGAGAUGGAGAGAGAAAGCAAAGGCCGCAUUCCCACUUCAACAGGCAUUUCCCCUCAGAUGGAGGUCACAUGUGUGCCCACCCCCACAAGCACAGUGUCCUCCCUAGGUAACACAAAUGGAGAAGAAGUGGGGCCAUCUGUCUACCUGGAAAGGCUAAAAAUUCUCCGGCAGCGGUGUGGUCUUGACAACACAAAGCAAGAUGACCGGCCUCCACUGACCUCUUUGCUCUCCAAACCAGCAAUUCCUCCAGUUGCCUCCUCCACAGACAUGCUCCAUAGCAAGCUCUCACAGCUCCGGGAGUCCCGGGAACAGCACCAGCACUCAGACCUGGAUUCCAACCAGACCCACUCUGCAGGAACCAUGACCUCCUCCUCCUCCACAACUAACAUUGAUGACUUGAAAAAGAGACUGGAGAGAAUAAAGAGCAGUCGCAAAUGAAGCUGCCCAUCCUCGCCACUCUGCAGCUUUAGUUUACUAAUCUAGAAGCCCAUAGUGUGACGCGGCCGCUGCAGGCCAUUGUACACAAACUGGUACCAGACUGCAGAUGGGAGGAGCAGGGGAGCCUCAAGUCUGCACAUGCUCUGCUUCUAGAAGACUGACUGUGGAUUAGCUUAGUGUACAGACUUUAAACAGCUGCUCCCUCAGCUCAGAGUAGGUUCCAUAUCCUUUUUUGUUUUGUUUUAAUGACUCAUUUGUAAAAUUGUCCUAAUUUUUCCUAGCUUUCAGCCAUUAGAAACUCUUUUAAUAGUUCCUUUUGAGUUGUGAGCUCUUCUUCUGUAGCCCUGAAGGGACACUGUAUUCUGUAUGAAUGCAUGGCAUGAGACAACUAAUUUAAGAGUCUUUUAUAAAUAAAGUUUGCAUUAACUAUA